AUGGCGGAAUGGUGGAAGGCGAUGAAUUGGUUUAGGCAAUCGGCUAGAAAGGCAACAAGCAACAUAACGGAGGAGGACCGGUUGCGACAUUUCAAGGAACUACUGGAAGCAGAAGAGGGUAAAGAGGAAGAGCCAAAAGAACAGACGAGGAGAGGGGCGAAAGGAACCGGGGAAAAGGUGUUCGGUGAGAAAGGGAAGGAAGAGGAGACAGAAACAGAACAGAUAGAAGAAGAAAGGGAGGGCGAGGAGGAAGAAGAGUUGGACAAGGAGACAUCAGAGGUAGAAGUAAAGAGGGAAAUAAACAGGCUGAAGAGAGGAAAAGCGGCAGGAGAGGACGGAAUAGCGGCGGAGUUCUGGAAGAACCUGCCGAAGGGCGGGAAAAAAGAAAUAAUAGAGGCGAUCAAGGAGCUAUGGAGAAGAGAGGAAAUGAUAGGCAGAUGGAGAACGGCUACAAUUUUCCCAACCCACAAAAGAGGAGAGGUAGACAAAGCGGCGAACUAUCGGGGAGUCUCACUUUUGGACAUCGGAUACAAAAUAAUGACCAGAAGAUUAGGAAGGUGUCUGGAGGGAAUGGGGAAGUUGUCAGAGGCGCAGGCAGGGUUUAGAACAAACAGAAGCACGAUGGAACACGUAUUUGUGCUAAAUACAAUAAUAGGGAACAGGCUGAAGAGGAAAAAGGGGAAACUAUAUGUGGCAUUCGUGGACUUUAAGGCGGCAUUCGAUAAAGUGGACAGAGAGAAAUUGUGA